AUGAGGUUUGUCCAAUAUAUUCCGACUGGAAUUCCAAACGAAGAUGGUGAGUUCCCGGGAAGGAACUAUACAGUUGGAAAAGUCAUACAACAACUGUAUGAUAUUAGGAAAGCUUCAAACCCCAAACUUGCAAUGACACUCAAAUUGCUUAUGAAUUCGACAUGGGGAUAUUCCAUUAAGAAACCUCAAGAGAUGAAGAGUAAACAUUAUGAGAAGGUCGACAACUUUGUUGAAAGGUUUUCUCCUUUUGUUUUGAAGUACGAAUUCACUCAAGGUCAAAGUGGCUUAGUAACCACAUUAAAACCUAUUGUCGAACAUUGGUCUUACCCUCAGUUCGCAAAAGCAGUCCUUGACGAGUACAACAAAUUCUUCUCCGAAGUCAAAUCCAAAGUCAAGGUUUACUAUGAGAACAUUGACGCACUCAUGACGAACGAAGAAGGAUACAACAAACUCAUUGAAAUGGGUAUGGUCAGUGAAAAGAUGGGCUGUUUUAAGCUAGAUAAGGUAUUUUCCGAAGUUCAUGUAAUAUCGAAAAGGAAAUAUUGGGGCAUACUUGAAGACGGCACAGAAAUAAAACAUUGCAUAAAAUAA